UACAAUCUUUGGGUGGAUUAUAAGUGGCCAAGUCACUGAAAAAAUAAAUUCUUUCACAACACAAGUAGAAGAUAUAACAAACGAAUACUUAAAUAAUGAACUUAAAAAAUUCUGGGAAGUGGAAGAAGUACCCCAGAUUACCAAACUUUCAGAAGAAGACCAGGCAUGCGAAGCCUAUUACCAUUCCACAACAACAGGAAACGAGCAUGGUCGGUAUGUUGUGCGACUGCCAUUCAAAUCCACCUUUCCCGAAACUAUAGCUCUAGGUCACUCUAGAAUCUCAGCAGUCCAGCAAUUCCUAAGCAUGGAAAAAAGCCUCACGAAGAAAAAUGAGCUAAAAUCAGCAUAUGAUAAUGUGAUGGAGGAAUAUCUUGACCUCAAUCAUAUGGAAGAAACUGUACCAUAUGAAAAGAUAUCCAAAGGUAGAUAUUUAUCUUUUUACCUUCCACAUCAUGGGGUAAUAAGACCAGAAAAAAUCACAACAAAAGUACGAGUGGUGUUCACUGCCUCAAAAUGUACGAACUGAGGCAUAUCACUCAAUGUUGUAUUAUACACAGGGCCAACAUUACAACCUGAUCUCAUGUUGAUAAUACUAAAUUGGCGCAUGUUUAAAUACGUUUUUAACGGGGAUGUUGAGAAAAUGUAUAGGCAAAUUCUGGUGCAUGAAGAUGACCAGGAUUUCCAACGCAUAGUCUUCCGCAAUUCAACUAAUAGUCCAAUUAGCGACUACAAACUUAAAACAGUUACCUUUGGCAUCAACUGCGCACCCUAUUUAGCCAUUAGGACGUUACAUGAAGUUGCAAAAACUUGUGAAACAAAUUUGCCUUUAGCAACUUCUGUGUUGCAAACUCAAACAUAAACCUGUACGUUUAACAAAAUGGGUUCAAUUUGCUAACAACCUACAUACUAUAUCAGAAAUUCGAAUCCCUCGAUGGGUAAAUUUCACCCCUAACAUUAACGCAGAAUUACACGGUUUCUGUGACGCCUCUGAAAAGGCUUAUUGCGCAACAGUCUAAAAACGCACUCAGUAUGAUAGCAAAAUAACUUCACAUCUUUUGGUAGCCAAAGCCAAAGUUGCACCUUUGAAGACACUAAGCCUGCCACGGCUUGAACUAAUUGGUGCUCUUCUGUUAGCAAAAUUAAUUUCAAUAGUUCAAACCCAUCUAAAAUUAAGCGAUCACAAAAUGUAUCUCUGGUCAGACUCAGAAAUAGUUGGAAAAACCACCCUAUACUUGGAAGACACAGUAUGUAUCAAAUUGCAUACUACAAAACUUAGACUUAGUUGGCUCAGCAAAAUGGCAAGAUGUUGCAAGUGCAGAUAACCCAGCGGAUCUGGAGACAAGAGGUUGCAAACCACUUCACCUCACCAGCACUACACUCUGGUGGAACGGUCCCACAUGGCUAACAGAAUCACAAGAAUUCUGGCCAAAGUCUCCUGCUCGGAAUAUCAUACCUCUGGAAAGUCGGAAAAUAGAAAUUUUUCAUAUCACUCCAGAAGAGGAUGAUAUUCUCCAAAGAUUUUCCUCAUUUCCUCGUGCACUAAGGGUAGUCGCUUAUAUGCACAAAUUCAUCCAUAAACUUAAACAAAAGAUGAAAAGAAUAUCAAACGAUCCUUACAUACAACUGACAUAUUUCGACUUGCAACAUGCCAAGGUCAGUCUAAUCUUGUAUACACAAACUCGCUACUUCAGCAAAGAGAAAUCAAAGUUGCUUGAAAAGCGACCUCUCGAAAAGGGAAGCUCACUUCUCGUCUUAAACCCAUUCCAGGACGCUAAGGGAUUACUACGGGCAAAUAGAAGACUCGCCAACUCCAGCCUUAGUUACAAUGAACGACAUCCCAUCAUUAUCCCAGAGAAAUCCCGUUUUACCUACUUAUUUCUAAUAUAUGUAUCUCCACCAGCUUACACUGCAUGGUGAGCAUCGCUUGAUGCAACAAAUGGUCCGACAAGAGUUCUAUAUACCGCGACUAAAGCCACAAAUUAAAAGAACCAUUUUCAUGUGUAAACAGUGUACUAUGUACAGGCACAAGAUGCAUACGCAGAUCAUGGCAGCCCUACCUGAACGCUGCAACUAUGCUUUACCCUUUACCAUCACUGGGGUUGAUUUUGCUGGACCUUUCCAGAUAAAGGCCUCAAAGUUAAGGUCUUCCUCAUUUAGAAAAGGGUAUGUGGCUGUCUUUGUAUGUUUUACAACAAAGGUAGUACACCUCGAGCUAUGUUCGGAUCUGACUACUGCGGCUUUUCUUGCAGCAUUUGCCCGCUUUGUCGGACGGCGCGGAUGUCCUUUAAAAAUUAUGAGCGACAAUGGAAAAAACUUUGUCGGAGCUCAAAGAGCCACGGAAAAAGAGUUUUUAAAAUUCAUGAAAGAAGUAUCCCCCGAAAUUGUCAAUAAAUAUGCACCCCAAGGGAUCGAUUGGCAAUUCAUACCCCCAUGUUCUCCUCACAUGGGCGGACUCUGGGAAUCAGCAGUAAAGAGCUUUAAGUCCCAUUUAAAGAAAACGGCUGGUAACCAUAAAUUCAAUUAUGAGGAGUUUACUACAUUACUCACUCGUAUCGAAGCCGUACUAAACUCCAGACCUAUCUCGCCACUCUCGCAAGAUCCCUCCGACUUCACAGCUUAAACCCAAGGAGCACCCAUUCUGGCCAUACCUGAGCCAGGCGUGGAGUCGCUAUCCAUAUUAAAUAGAUAAGAGCGAAUUAAAAUUCUCCAUCAUGACUUCAGCCGCCGAUGGAAGGAAGACUACAUAAAGGACCUUCACAAGAGAUACCGGUGGAAACCUCAAGAAAAGGCACCAAAGCUUGGAGACUGCGUCCUUAUACAAGAUGAUUGUCUCCCUCCUACGGAAUGGCGACUCGGCCGCAUAAAACAACUUCAUUACGGUUCCGACGGUCAUGUUCGAGUAGUUGAUCUAAGCACUCAAACCGGAACGCUAACCAGACCGCUCGUCAAAUUAUGCUUUCUACCAACCGCCGAAGAUAAAGAAACGUAAAACCGAAACGGCAAUAUUAAUAAAUCAAUAAAUCGAUAAAACAUAUAAACCGCUUACCAAAUCGAAACCUCGAAUAAAAUAAAUGACACAAAAGACUUAACAUAAAUGUCUGAUAAAAAAAUGACAUCCUAUUCAUGCCACAUAUCGUGGCACAAAAGUCCAUAUUAUUGUAAAUUUACCAAUAUAUUUCUGAUAUCAUCUUUUUUCUCACAGAGUAAUAUGGACGUGGAUAUGGCAUCAUCGUCAACGCCAACCAUGCGUUCGGCAGUUUCCGCCCCUCGCUUCGAAGCUGCCCCAAUAGCAGCACCCCGGACCAACACUGCACCGGCAGCGCCUCGAACAACAACAGGCGCCACCGCGACAACGGUUCCGCGUCAAAGCACGCCAGCAUUACCAGCGGAUCUGCAACGAAUUCGUUGUCCACUAUGCUGCCGCCCGCAUCGGCUAUCGCACUGCGGUAUCUUCAAAGGCAUGCCGCCGAUGCAACGCCAGCAGGUGGCACAGGCGCACGGGUAUUGCCUGAAUUGUCUGGCAACUUCCCACGCAACUCAGGAGUGCCCAUCAAAUAAUCGUUGCCAAAUCUGUGUGCGGGCUCACCGUACGCUGCUGCACCGCUCUACCAGACGCGACUCCGGGCGCCCACCGGCUCCUCGCACCAGUGGUAACGUCAGGCGUUCUCAAAGGACUCCUGUGACGGCAUACCGCCGGCGCGGACCCUCUCCAGCAGAAUCCCGUCCCUGGCGCCAAAACCGGGCAACCUCAACACGACGCCAUCAGCUUAGGCCGCAGUCCCGUCGGUCAACAGGUCUCAGCAGCGUUGUAGCUACGCUACGCUACAGCAGCUACAGCGUCUUCUAGGCUAAAUACUCGCCCAGGGGGGCCCGGAUGGCUAAAUGAGUAGCGACGUCGCAUCGCAUCUGCAUCGAUUCACCACACCGAAUCAACCAUUCACCUCAGCGAGAGAACACCACACAUUAACACACAUACACACACAUGCACCCAAACGCCGUGACAUUCUACAUUCCAAUUCGAACAAAAGGAAAAGAGAAAGGAUCUCGCGCACCUUUUUUCGAAACGACGUCGAUCAGAUGACAUCUCCGCUUUCGCAGCAUCCCGGUUCUUUCCGCUGAUUACCCGCCUGUGUAUAUAUAUAUAUUUAUUUAACGUUUUCCAAAAACUGUUGCAAUUUACCUUCACUCAUUUUGUAUAUAAAUGAAAUAUAUAUAUUUAACGUUUAACUUAAAUUUUAAAACCUUUCAAACCACUUUGUUAUCCAUUUUGAAGUGCAUUUUAUAAAAAAUAAAAGUUUAUAACGAUUCUCUGGAAUCUAGUGCAUUUUCGUUUUGACUAAAAGUGUGAGUGGCCUAUAAGGUGAGUUUUUUGUACACUAUGUAUUUCAUAAAAAUAAACCGUGAGAUGCAGCAAGAUAUGGACAGUUAAGGCGGAAGAUUUUCAUUUAAGCGGAGUACUAUUUAACCGGGAUUCACAGCAUAAAUCAGAGGAAUAUUGAAUAUUUUCUUUGAUACAUUUCUUGACAUGAAAAUCGACAAAUCAACUAUGUUGCCAAUUUUAUUCUAAUAUAUUUGAAUACUUAUAUUUGCGGGGUUGUCACUUUUUUCUUCUCAUGCAAGUAUCAAAAAUUGUUCAAUUUAUGAUUUUUAGCUUUUGCCAUCGUCGCGAAAAGACACUUGUUGCCAAAGGCAUGCUCAGGAAAUGUAAUGGUGUUUGUUUUUAUGAAUGAAGCAAGUUUGCCUGUUGAUAGGCGCUUGCGUUCUUGAAUGAAAAUAUUGUUGUUGUGUGUUUUUCUAGAAAUUUGCGCAUUGAAUAUUUGGCUACCAUAUUGAUUUCUGAUGCUAUUUGUGACGAUUGUUGUUUUUGUACAACAAUAUUUGUAGUUUUUGCGGGUAACAUAUUUACAUAUGUACAUGUGUACUCUUAUAAGUAUGUAUGAUGAUGUUUGAGACAAUUGUAGAACAAUAUUUGUAAUUUUUAGGACGACAUAUUUACAUGUGUACGCAUAUAAGUAUGUAUGAUGAAGUGUUUCUUGCGCUCUUGGAUUGUUCACGGAAUAAUCCCAAUUUUCACAGUGACAGCAUAUUAGAUUUUGUCUUGACACCUACCGAAAAUCCGGAGGAUUCAAGUGGAUAAUAAGCCUAAAGAAAUAGAUAAGUACAAUUUGUUUUAAACAAAAAUUUAUUUGUACAUACCUGUCCUUUUUCGUGGCAAAUUUUUCAAAUUUUUUAGUUUUAAUUUUUUUUUUAUUUCCCCUACUAACAGCAAAUCACAUCAAAACGUGCAAAUAUUUUUUUUUUAAUCUGCCGUUUUGUUUUGAUUAAUCAGCUGUUCUCCGCUUUCGUGUUCUCCCUUUUUUCGUUUUGCUUUUGGGUUAGGCGUUGCCAACCAUUGAAAAUAUAAGUAAAGUUUUUAGCGGUAGGGAUUGAACAUACUGAUUGACAGGUGUACCCAGACUAUAUUCUCACUAAGGUAUGGUCUCUGAGAAUAGUAUGGGGCGUACACCCAAGAAUCCUUUCCAAAGGAAUUCUAAAAUUUUGAGAUUUUUCCGAAAAUGAAAAGAGUUUUGGAACCAUAUCAAAUUGUUAAACGCUUUGUUCUACAGAUUUUAUAUUGUAAUUUUAUAAAAUAACUAGCUGACCCCGCAGCCGUUGUCCUGCGCGAAAUUAUGUGUUUUGAAAUGAAAAGACAAAAAUUCAUAUCUUAUUGAUAAUCAUUUAUUUGCUAUUUGUCUACAUUUUUCUUCAAUGUAACGCAGCUUGAUAAAAAAAAUUUUUUUGUUUCUGUUUCAGUGCGUAAAUGUACAGAGAAGAUGGUUUUCCAACUCUUGAGCACGCCACGUAUAUCUGGCCGUGUGAAAAACAUAGCAUUUCCAAAUGUAUGCCACCCACUAUGCGACUAUUCUGUUGAUCGUCAUUUUAAAUUCAAUUUUCACUGGAAACGGAAUACUUUUGAACCGAAUUGGCAAAUCGUUAGAACUCAAAAGAAAUCCAUAGAAUCAAG